ACCACAUUCUUAGUUCCUUCUUUGUCAGUGAUUCCAUCUUCUCUUUCAUUUUGUUGCCUGUGCUCAUGGGUUCUUAAAAUUGUGGUCAGUAGUCACCACUAUGAAGUGAUUUUCCUCUUGUCAGUCAGUCCAUCCUGCACGUGUUCUGUCCUGCACAUUAAAUUCCUCCCCAGCAUUAUGGCCCAUGCUCCAUUGUCUUCAGUGAGCCCCGCUUACCUAUUGAAGAAAGUGAUUGGUUUCUGUCUUCAGUCAUCCUUUCUCAUUGUGUGACUCCCCUGUAUAUUCCUCCAGCUAAACUAUAUUCUGUGUGCUGUGUUCUGUCACUGCUCCCCUAGCAUCUGGACCUUCUCUUUUAUAGUGCUUUGAAUAUGUGAUUACUUUGCUCAUCGUUUACCUUCCCCAUGAAGAGUAAGUUCCAAGGUGGCAGAGAACACAUCUGCCGUGCUCAUUGCCUUGCACAGAGGAGGGCUGGAGAGGGCAGUGAAUGUAUAUUUGUUGAACAGAUACAUCAGACUAGUAGAAACCCUGUGUGACCAUAGCUGUUGAUUAUGCUGAAAUCUUCAACCCUGAAAAGUUCAAAACCUUUUCUCCGGAGGAGAAACAAGACUUACCUACAAGGGUGUUUCAAACUUCAGUCCCUGGGCUUUGGGCACCAGUGAGGUAGAUGCAAGGGCCAGAGGGUGGGCUAGCUCAUGGUAAAGCAAUCAACCAAAAAGUCUCAGUCAUGGAGGUCUUGAUGGGGAUGACCAGAAGUUUGGGAGGGGAUCCCUUCAGCUCCAGAAUGGACCAGAGCCCAGAGGGGUGGCUAUAGGACCAGAGCAGUGGGUGCAGGCCUAAUGUGGGGCUCAAGUAUGAUGGGGGCAGGGAUCUACCAUGGGCAGGAUUAUCCAGUAGAAGCAGAGCUUAUUUGCCUCAGUAGAUGCUCAGGCUUGAAUCAGUCAUAAGGGACUGAGUCCAGGGGGAAGAAAGUCCAUGGAGAAGAAUGUAAGUACUGUGCAUGGGCAGGUAGUGUAGUUAAGUUCCAUUUUGGCCUGACCCCCACUCUUUAUUUGCCUCCUGGAUCUGGUAGUCCCUUUGUUAUUCCCCAGAUUUCAAUGAUUGUAACAUCCUGCCUUCAUGUCCUGCUGCUGGCCUUGGCUGCUUAAAUGGUGGAGCCUAAUAGCCAGACAUGCUGCCAGCCAACCGGCCCGGAUACAAAGCCAUGGGUUUCCAGAGAAUUGAAAAAUGGAUUUGUUGAAUCAAAACUGUGGAACAAAUACAAGAAUGCUGAAAAUAAACAGGAUUGGAAUCUUAACCUUAGAAAGUCUGCAGAUCUUGAAGUAGGGGAAAGAACUGACUCUAAAACAUGGAAGGAUCUUCGUUUCUCAGAGAGUCCACUGGAAAUCCCACCUCACCAUGAAGAAUCAGGUUCUAGACCACCCACCCGCCAGUCUCAGUUCCCUAGUUUUGCUCACAUAACUGGCCAGAAGAGUUUGACAAGCACAGAGAUCAUGAGAAUUCAAAGAGAGACAGACUUUCUCAAAUGUGCCCACUGCCUGGCCCCCCGCCCAUCUGACCCCUUUGCUCGCUUCUGUCAAGAAUGUGGCUCUCCUGUCCCACCCAUAUUUGGCUGUCGUCUCCCACCCCCAGAAGGAGCUCAGAUGGGCUUAUGUGCAGAGUGCGGAAACAUGGUGCCCAUGAACACUCCCAUCUGUGUGGUGUGUGAGGCCUCUCUUACCCUACAGCUGCAGCCACAGGCCAGCCUCCGCUUGAAGGAGAAAGUAGUCUGCCGCACCUGUGGCACAGGGAAUCCAGCUCACCUGAAAUACUGUGUCACCUGUGAGGGGGCCCUGCCUUCAUCUCAGGAGCACAUGCAUGGUGGAGAGAAACCCCCUUCUCCGCCCACUCAGAAAGGGGAGACCAUUUCCUGCUCCAAGUGUGGUCGCAGGAAUCGCAGGGAAGCUUGCUUCUGUGACUGGUGUGGAGCCAAGCCAGGCAUCUCUGUUUUCUACUCUGUUUGCCCCAAAUGUGGGGCCAGCAAUCACCGAUCUGCCCAAUUCUGUGGUUCCUGUGGUAUUUAUGUGACGUCCUUGGCAAGACUUAACCUGGACAACAGCCUGGUCCUAGCCACUGGAGGACUUGGCCCUUUUCCUCAGCCCCGAUCUGCCUGGCAGUCUCUAAAUGUUCCUUUACCCAGACCUGAUGCUGGGACUCAGAAGGAUGUGGGCACACAGACUGCUGGCCUGUUCUACCCAUCUGGCACGCUACUAGCCAAAAAGGAACAGGAAAUGGCUUCUCAGAAGCAGAGGCAGAAGAUGAGCGGCCAUAAACCUCUCCUCACAGCCAUCAGCCCAGGAAGAGGAUACUGGAGAAAACAGUUGGAUCAUAUCUCUGCCCACCUCAGGUCUUAUGCUCAGAACAACCCUGAAUUCCGGGCCUUGAUCGCAGAACCCAGAAUGGGAAAGCUCAUCUCCGCUACUGUCCAUGAAGAUGGCUAUCAAGUUAGCAUCCGGCUGAAUUAUAUUCAAGUAUCCAACAAGAAUCUUUACCUCAGCAAGGCAGUGGAUUUCAGCAACCACUUCCUGAGCAGUGUCACCGAGGGUGGUGAUGGGCCAUUUGGCAGCAGGUCCAGCUUGGUGAGUGACUACAGCCAGAGUACCUCAGAUACCACUGAAAAAGUCAAGAGGAUGAAGAAUUUCAAGACCAAAAAAUUUCAAGAAAAGAAGCUGCUCACACCUGAAAACCGUCUCCUGCUGAAGGAAGUUGGACCAACAGGGGAAGGGAGAGUCUCUGUGGUUGAACAGCUACUCGAGGAGGGAGCAGAUCCCAACUGCAGGGAUGGCGAAGAGCAACCCGUGAUAACCAAGGCCGUUGUGAACAAGCACCAUGAAGUGAUUCCAGUCCUUGUGCAGAGAGGAGCAGACACGGAGCAGCGCUGGGGCCCGCUCCAAAACACAGCUCUUCAUGAAGCUACUCUGCUUGGCCUGGCAGGAAGGGAGUGCAUCGCUGCUUUACUGAGGUGCAAUGCAAGCAUCCAAAAGAAGAACGUGAAUGGCCAGACGCCAUAUGACCUGGCUCUGCAGACUGGGGAUGAUGUCAUCACCUCGCUCUUUGCUGCUAAGCUCAGCCUGGACGACUCAUAGACCCCAAGGGCCUGCAGAGGACCUAAUUGCAAGAAACCAUCCAGUUCUGGCUGUUCUUUGUUUCUUUCUGAGAUGUGGAUUGGCAGUUUGAGAAUUGAGAUGGAAAGGAACUCAUAAGACUUUUUUAUUUUUUUAAUACAACACUGUAAGCCACCAUGCAGGCAUUUCCCAAUAUGCUGUCGAUGGUGACGAACUUAAUGUAUGUCUUUUUUUUUUUUUUAAGGGUUUGUUGCUGCUUAUUUUAGAAUUUUCUUUUAAAUUUAUUUUUCAGGAGGUGUCUAGGUGGCACAGUCAGAUGAGUGGCUUACUCUUGGUUUUGGCUUAGGUUGCGAUCUCAGGGUUCUGAGAUCGAGCCCCACGUUGGGCUCCACACUCAGCACAGAGUCUGCUCAAAAGAUUCUCUCUCUUCCUCUGCCCUCUCCCCGCACUUGUGCAAGUACACGCGCACUCUCUCUCUCAAAUAAAUAAAUCCUUAAAAAUUUUUUAAAAAUUUAUUUUUCAGUAGGUAAUAAUUGCACAUGGUUCGAAGCUAAAAAGUAUGAAGUGUUAUGUAGUAAAAACUCUGCCAUCCCUGUCCCACAGCCACCCACAUCCCCUCAUCAGAGACACCACUGAUACCAGUGUCAUCUGUGUCUUUCCAGAUAUAGCACAGGAUUAUAUAAGCACAUGUAUAUAAUAUAUGCAUCUGUACAGAGAGGGUAUACAUAAAAUACAAAUAUAGAUAACAGAUACAGUCCUUGCCCUCUUUAAGACAAGUACUAGCGAACCACACACUCUUCCGAUGUGUUGCAUCUUGUUCUCUUCCUUAAUAUAUCUCGUAGGUGGUUCCAACUUAGUGCAUAAAGAUUAAGUUUAUUUUAAAAAAUGUUGUUUCUGAUGUUGAGCUCAUCAAUAUUCCUAUUGUUACCGUUUGUUCUUUGGUUGGCAAACAAGCCCCGAAUCAGCCAUCUGCAGGGAUGUGUAAUUUUGACUUAUGUCUUUUUUCAGAUUGUUAUUUCAGUCCUUGGGUGAUAACGCUGAAAACGUGGUGUCCCUAAAUAGUUUCUGUUAAAGCGUGUUGAUGGAAUAUUUAUUAAUUCUGAAUGAUUAAUUCGGCACAAUAAAUACCCGACUUCUUUGAGUA